CUCCCUUCACCUUCACUGAUCAGAUGUUGUCCCCGUCUACCAAAUACAGGGGAAAAAUGCGAGCAAUGGUGAAUAAUAAGGACUAUCAGGGAUACUGGAGUGAAUGGAGUGAGGAGUUCACCUGGGAAACAGAGAACGGUACUUUAUCAUGUGGCUAAUACAGCUAGCUGUAAAGACUUCCAUGUGGAGAACCAAGAGAAGAUCCUAGCCGAAUAUUACUGCUUUUUCCUGAUCCCAGAAAUUUAUUCUGCUUUAAGGGACGGAAGUGCUGGGGAAUGCAGGAGGACAGAAUAAAAAUCAGCCUUUUCAUUUUCCAGAGUGGCUGUGGUGUUGUGUAAAAGAUACACUGGAGCAUACUGGCGAUACAGAUCUUACCAUGUCUAUGCAGUUUCUGGAGUUAGAAGCAGAAUGCCUGAGAUGACUGUGGUCACAUGCCCAAAGUCCUGUGACCUUAUAGGAUUUGUCCCUAGGAUGCUUGAAGAAGCAAGAUGUUCAUCUUGAUGUACAUCUGCGUCCAUUAGCAGGGGCAGCUCAGGAGAAUCUCUGAGAUUCCCAUCUCCCCGGACAGUACAAAUUCAGGCAACCUCAGGCCUCUGCAGACAUCUAGCGUUCAUGGUGAAGUCAGUUCUUUCUCCAGUGGUUCUCCCAUUGAUGCUCCCAGCUGUCAUCGUCACUUUGCUCGUAGUUGCUUAUUGCAGCUAUAAGUAUUUCCUGAGGCAGAAGCAGCGGUGGGAGGAAAAGAUUCCAAACCCCAGCAAGAGUCUGCUGAUCCAGAGCUACUUGAAGAAAGUUCCUCUAGGAAACUGGCAGGCAAGCAGCCAGCUGGACUUCAACAAAUGUAGCCUUGCAGAGAACGUGGAUCAGCCUAGCUUCCUUCAAGUUGUGGACAGGCAGACAAAGAUUUUGGCAGAGACCCCUGAAGUGCAGACUGAAAAGACAGCGGAUUCUUCUGGUGCACUGGACCUACAGAACCCAUACCGUGCUUUAAAUGCGCCAGAGCAUGCCCCAGUUGUCUGCCCAAGACAGGUUCCUGGCCGUUCCUUUUCAGUUUCGAGGACAAACUGUGCUGAUGCAAAUAUUACUUCCCAGACAGCACUCACUUGCUUUGCUUUCAACGGCCCAUACUUGUACAGCCCGGUGACGCCCUCUCAGCUUGAGAUGCAUCAGGUCCUGGAAGUGACCUCGAAUCCAAUGGGAAAACAGGAGAAAUCAGUGUCCCUGCAGUACGUGACCCUUCCAGACAAAGCCAGUCCCCAGGCAGCACAGAGGCAAGAGCAGCCAGGAGCAGGUCCUCUGCAGCCCUUCCUGCUCCCAGAUCAGAAGGAAGAGAUGCAGUACCUCAAUGGCAAGAAGGAAGUUUCACCACUUCCCACCACCUGUGGGAAAGACACAGCCGUGAGAACAGAAGAGCAGAAAUCUCCAGAGGCUCCUGGCCGUCCCACAUGCCUUCAGCAGUGCCCCUCGGAGUACAUCACCACAGACAGCCUGUUACUGCCAUCAGCCAGCGAUGCCACACACCUGCCACUUGCCACUGCUGGGGGGAAGCCCACUGACCCACAGGAGCCCCAGCCCUCCCGUGACUGCUCUUGCCAUGAGGUUUCUCCUGGGAAGUUUGGUGUCAUGCUCCCACCUUCAGGCCAAGUACCAGCCUCUCCUGAAACGCGCCUGGAUGCAUUUGGAGACUACCUUGAUGUCCAUUCAGGUCUCCAUGGACCUUCAGAACUCACAAAUAUUUCCUUGCCUUUCCAACAGAAGGGAAGCACUCUCCCUGAAGAGCAGCCAUUGUUGGAGGCUAAUUUGGUGGUGUUAAAUCCUGAUAGCACUGAGCCAGUUUUCCUGACUUAUGGAGGCAGGACAGCACGUGGGAAACCUGUACCAGAUGAUGAAUCCAUCACUGACAGAGAAGAUGUAUGUAAAAUGCAGGCUAUUCAGCUUUUCAAAAGCCUGAAAUCAGAUGAUUACUUCUCCUGGCAGCAAUCUUUGAGCAUCACAGAAAUCAGCUAGAGGAGCAAAUAUCAACGAAUAGCAAGGCUAAGCGUAGCUGAAGGAGGUGGCAACUCUCUGAGCAAAAUGAACUGUUCAAGCUAGGAACUUGCUAAAUAGCAAUUCCUUUUUCUGUCUUCCAGUGCAACAUGUUGAUAGUCAUGGACAAUCAAUAGCUUGAUCUCAUUCUCCAUGACCUUUGAGAUUUUGUCAUGAAAGCCCAUCUAAAUAUUGCCAUGUUGAGAGACAUGGUGUUUUUUGAACUUUUUGGCUUAACAUGGAAACAUUACUGAGACACAUAUAUUUUUGGAGGAGAUCCCAAGGACUCACUCAGUACAUAAAACGAAUGGAAUAGGCCAAUCACAGAGAAUAAGAUGAGAGAAGAUGUGAAGGUGCAGAAGCCUGUGUCUGGUGGAGAUUUUCCAUUUCUAUAUGUUAAAAUAUCAGAUGAUUUUCUUUUAAGUUGAUUAGAUGUUUAAGCACGAUGCAAUUCAUCUUAACUGUGUGACAUGUUCUUUUUUUCUCUUUUCUUAAUAGGUUGGAUUGAGAAAGAGAAACCAUUUUUUUUUCUUGUUCUGCUUCUGUAAAGAAAGUAUUGCAAGAUAGAAGCUCAGAAUUGCCACUUUGUGAUCAGUAAAAGGCUUUGGUUCUAGAUCUGAAGAUGGGCUUGCCAUUCCAAAAAAAGCCUGUUUUUCAAAUAUAUAAUUUUAACCAAUAAAAUAUAUUAUCUC